CUCAUCGCCUCCGGUGAGGCCACCGCCUGUGAUUCCUCUUCUCCGCACAUGAAAGUCCGACCUUCGUUCGUUAGCUACCUACCUUGCAUCACACCACCGUUUGCCCGCCUUUUCUGCCUGCCCGCCCUGUCGCCGGAUCUCCGGACCCCAAGCCGGGCUUCCCAGCAUCCACAGUAUAUCUACACGGUCCUUCUGCCAGCUCAGCAGCGUAACCCACCACAUCCUUUCAUUAACUGCAACGGUCUCUCCGAGCGAAAUACCUCUCCUCAUAACUUCACCUGCAUCCCGCAAGGACACUGCACCGCCUCUGACCGCCACACCGAUUCCGAUGCAAAUACCCCAAUACUCCAAUCCACCUUCCUAGUGGUCUGCUGCUUCGAACCUAUACCUACCACAUCUUCUCGACAUACAAUAUAAAACCACCCCAAUGAUGGCGUGGUACUCCCUCCUCCCGCCUACCCUCUCCUACAUCGAAAGCUCGGUAGUGCACCUCUUCAUAUUCCUCGGCUUCGUGACUAUCUUCCCCUGGGCGGCGCUUCUCAUCUUCGAUAUAUGUCUGUAUACGGGGCGCAUGUUGACGUUCGAAUUACCGGUCGUGGGAGGUCGAGCUCGCGGGAAGCAGCGGCCAAGAGCGCCGAGUUUGAAUGAGCGGCCGGAUGGACAGCCUCGAGUACUGGUGGGGUUGAGUGGGAAUACAGGUGGUGGCGGUGUUGGUGGCAGUGGACGGGAGGAGAAGGGGGUAGAAGGAAUGACGAGGAGGGUGGUUGCUCAGGUGGAGGUUAAUGGUGGAGGUCAUGGUGGGGAUUGAUAUAUACCUGCGGUGGUGGUUAUAUAUUUGGGGAUGCGAGUGAGGUAUAAUGGUAUGGAUAUUGAUGGUGAUACCUCCUGGUGAGGGCACAUUCCAUAUCUCCUCCCUUUGAUGACUGGUUUGGUGCAUGAUUUUGAGGCGUGCGUUUGAGGUUCUGUUCAU